AUUUAUUGUUUUAAAAAUGAGCUGAACAGCAACAACAACAAACAAGAGCAAAAGAAGAAAGCGACAAAAAAAAAAAAUUGUGGGACAUCGAAAAUAUUGUAGUAUCGGCAGAUCUUCAUUGGACCAAAAAAAAAAGAACACAUACGAAGCAACGCAAAUUGUUCUAAAAGAAAAUCUCUUAAAAAUUUGUCAAACUGUAUGAAAAACCGAAACAUGAGGACAAACCAGCCAACAGUUAGCAGUGUUUAAAGCAAAAUAAGAAAUAAUAACAAAACACUAAAACAAAUUCGAUAGGUGGUAUUUUUAUAAAUUCGCGUAAAGUCGCUUAAAAACGCGACCACAACACAUUAUUACAAAUGAAUUAAAUAAAUUAAACUACAAGCAAUGAGUAUUUGUCUUCUGUUGCUCUGUGAAUUUGAAUUGCACACACAUGUUAUUGUUCGUUGAAAUAUUAAAGAAAAACAAAAGACGCGCUAAGUGCUAUUCUUCGGGCGUUUUACCAUCUCUAUAUAUGACCGCAUUUGAAAUCGAAGCCUAAAAUGAUAAAACGUGAUGUGUCCUCUGCAUCGACCAUUGGUCGAGAUGAUGCGGCUCGUAAGCCUCUGUUGAAGGCUUACAUGUUCCAGCGUCGUGUCUUGUUUUGUUGCAGUUGCUUGAUGGUAUUAUCCUUGUUAACAUGGAUUAUAGCCAUAGCUACGGAUCAUUGGAUUAUUAUAACCGGUGCUGGAGGCAUUUUCAUACCGGAGACCAGACGUUUCUUUAUGUCCUCACAUUCCGGUUUAUGGAGAUUUUGCCGGCAUACUGCCAUACCCACCCCAUUGAAGGAUGCUGAUGUUGUUAGAAACUUCACUGCAUUUGCCAUACAGAAUCCAACAACUUUGCGUGAAGCUCAACGGAAUUGUUCACGCUUGGACUAUAUAAAAGAAUUCAAUUCUGUGCCAGUUCAAUUUCCCCUAGAGUCCUUCACCGAGGAGGCCAGACAGCGAAUGUUUGCCCAUUGGGUGCGCAACGAUAAGGUUCCAUUCAAUAAAUUCAAGGACGAGUUCUAUCGUUUGGUGUUGUCAACCCAAGAGGCUAGGGAUGAAUUGAUAGCGAUCGAUGCAAAACCUCGCAUUAUAAAUCCUGUCGAUGUGGGUGAUAUAGUAAGGAGUAAUGUGUUCGGUAAGGCCUUGCAAACCGUUGUGGUGAAUGGAACCAACUACUACUUUGUUAUACCGGAAACUGCUCAGGCGGCUAUGUUUAAGGGUUGGAAUGAGAAAGCCUACAUACCGAAAUUAUUUUGGCCAUAUGCCAAAGAAUUAGGAUUACCUGCUUAUGUCUUGGACGAUAACCGAGUAAUACUGCAGCUGGUGCCACCAAAACCACCGAAGAACAUGCGCAACAAACACUAUGAAUAUGCCUAUAAUAGCCGCUGUAAAUAUAUCGAUAUGUUCCCCAGUGCCGGAGAACGCAUGGAUCCUGGCUUCGAUUGGACUCUUAUGGACUACAUUCGUUCGCAAGCUUCAUUUGCUUGUAUCACCGUAUUUGUGAUGAUCUUGGGCUCAGUCUUCUCAUUUUACACCUUCGCAAAUCCCCGCUAUAUGUUCAAGCGUUUGGCAGGUGGUAUAAAUUUGGUGGCUGGCUCCACUGCCUUGGUGGUGCUUCAGGUACUAUUCGCUUCAGUCGAUUACACCAAAGAGCAUUUGUUCUAUUCAUAUCCUGAUGGGGCGGAAUUGACUUACGGCUAUGGAGUUUUCUUUGCUUGGUUCACCUUUGGUGUGAACGUAACGUCGGGCAUUCUGUUUAUAUGGUAUUCGGGCAAGAAGAAGGGUGCCAAGGCCCCAACCGAUGAAAUUGCCAUGGCCGAUGAGAUGACCAUUAUGGGCAGAUAAUUUAUACCCACAACGACAGGGGUUUACAUUCACUGCAUUAAAUACUCGCGCUCAACACUAAACACAGCUGCCAAUGGCUGUUUAGCAUUUUAUGAUUUGAAAAAUAGUUCGACUACAGGAUUUUCUAAUUUAUUUUGAAGUGUUUAUAAGGAAAAUUUAGACCGAAUACUGAGGGAUGCCAGCAAUCACAAAUUUUUGCCUUCGUUUAAAAAUUUUUGUGAUUAAUGAAAAUCCGACUAAAAGCAGCAUAGGAACAAAUCUCCUUAUAGUAAGUCAGACAUAGCAAGUAUACUUUUAUGUAUGAUUAAUUUUCAUACAUUUUUAUCUUUAAUUUUCAUACGAACUUACUGCUAAGAAAUAAGAAUAAUAAGCUUGUAAAGAUUAUCUACCAUUCACGAUUAUGCACGCAUACAUACAUUUUUCCACAUACAUAUGUUAGUUCGGACAUUACCUAUUUCAUCAUUUGUAUUUGUCUUAAGCAGUUGGCAUACUCACCGUUUUUCGCCGUUUUUUUUGUGGGUGAUUUUCCAUCAGGUUUCCGAAAGUUCAUAUGCACCAUACGAUUUUUAUAAGUAUUGAACGAGUGCUAUUAAUUUUUAUUAAAUAGAUUGUAACGUUCAAGUAAUUUUUUUAUGUAAAUAUUAAAGUUUAUUUUGUUGAAAUUCUUUGUUACAGAAAAUGUAAGUUAAUAAAUUUAUUUAAAGAACCAAUA